GGCCCCGCCCGCGGGCUGCCCUGCCGAGCGCCUGUCGGGCCGCGCGCCUGCCGUCAGGGCAGCGGCGGAGGCGGCGUCGCGUGAGGCCCCUGCGACGGCGCCAUUUUGAAGCGGCGGUGGCGGCCCCGGUCCGUUCCCUGUCUCCUCCCGGUCCCCUCUCGGUCCCUUCUCAGUCCCCUCCCGGCUCCCUCCCGGCUCUGUUUCUCCUUGCCGUGCCCUCCCGCCGCCGUCAUGAGCGUGGUGGAGCACGUCCGGGAGAUGGCCUCCGCCGGGCUCCACUCGAACGUGCGGCUCCUCAGCGGGCUUCUCCUGACGAUGAGCGGCAACAACCCGGAACUGUUUUCACCAUCUCAGAAAUACCAACUCCUCGUAUAUCACGCGGAUUCUCUUUUCCAUGAUAAGGAAUAUAGAAAUGCUGUCAGUAAGUACACAAUGGCCUUGCAGCAGAAAAAGGCUUUAAGUAAAACUUCAAAAGUAAGACCUUCUACUGGGAAUGCUGCAUCAACCCCCCAAAGCCAGUGUUUACCGUCUGAAAUUGAAGUGAAAUAUAAAAUGGCCGAAUGCUAUACAAUGCUGAAGCAAGAUAAAGAUGCCAUUGCUAUUCUGGAUGGGAUUCCUUCCAGACAGAGAACCCCAAAGAUCAACAUGAUGCUGGCAAAUCUGUACAAGAAAGCGGGUCAAGAACGCUCAUCUGUUACAAGCUACAAAGAAGUACUGAGACAGUGCCCAUUAGCACUUGAUGCCAUACUAGGUUUGCUCUCUCUGUCGGUGAAGGGUGCAGAAGUGGCCUCUAUGACGAUGAAUGUAAUUCAGAGUAUUCCUAACUUGGACUGGCUUUCAGUGUGGAUCAAGGCAUAUGCUUUUGUGCAUACUGGAGAUAACACGAGAGCAAUCAAUACCAUUUGCUCUUUAGAGAAAAAGUCAUUGCUGAGGGAUAAUGUAGAUUUACUGGGGAGCUUAGCAGACCUGUAUUUCAGAGCUGGAGAUAAUAAAAACUCUAUUCUAAAAUUUGAACAAGCACAGAUGCUGGAUCCUUACCUAAUAAAAGGAAUGGAUGUAUAUGGUUAUUUAUUGGCACGGGAAGGUCGACUGGAGGAUGUGGAAAACUUGGGCUGCCGUCUCUUCAAUAUUUCUGAUCAACAUGCAGAGCCCUGGGUGGUGUCUGGGUGUCAUAGUUUCUAUAGUAAACGAUACUCCCGUGCCUUAUAUUUAGGAGCCAAAGCUAUCCAGCUUAAUAGUAAUAGCGUUCAAGCAUUGUUGCUGAAAGGAGCUGCUCUUAGGAACAUGGGCCGGGUACAGGAAGCAAUUAUACACUUCCGUGAAGCGAUACGUCUUGCGCCUUGCAGGCUGGAUUGCUAUGAAGGUCUCAUCGAAUGUUACCUAGCAUCUAACAGUAUCCGAGAAGCUAUGGUUAUGGCAAAUAAUGUGUAUAAAACUCUGGGAGCAAACGCACAGACCCUCACUCUGUUAGCAACAGUCUGUCUUGAAGACCCAGUCACACAGGAAAAAGCAAAAACAUUAUUGGACAAAGCGCUGACACAAAGACCUGAUUACAUUAAAGCUGUGGUAAAGAAAGCAGAACUUCUUAGUAGAGAACAAAAGUAUGAAGAUGGAAUUGCUUUGCUGAGGAACGCACUGGCUAAUCAGAGUGACUGUGUUCUGCAUCGAAUACUUGGAGACUUUCUUGUAGCUGUCAACGAAUACCAGGAAGCAAUGGACCAGUACAGUAUUGCCCUAAGUUUGGAUCCAAACGAUCAGAAGUCACUAGAAGGAAUGCAGAAAAUGGAAAAAGAGGAGAGUCCAACAGAUGCAACCCAGGAAGAAGAUGUGGACGAUAUGGAGGGAAGUGGAGAAGAGGGGGACUUGGAAGGCAGUGAUAGUGAAGCAGCCCAGUGGGCAGAUCAAGAACAGUGGUUUGGCAUGCAGUGAUGGCCUCUCUUCCUGAGGCUUGUUUUGGCACAUGAAGAUACCACUGGGGCCAUUCUUCUUUGAAGAACUUCAGCUGUGAUUUUUGCAGUAACAAAGACUUUUUUUUAAUAUAGACUCUGAAACCAUUUAAUAGUUCUAUGCAUCUCAAUGCCAUGAAGAUUCUUGAUGCUUCUUAUUUAUUAAGUAUAAGGGAUUAACUGUACUGGAGGUUAUUUGCAGCUUUACUUUCAAAAAAAAAUCCCUGCUAAAACUAAAAGCAUUAGAAUCUAAAGUGCAUAAUAAGCCUAUUGUUUAUGAUGGGAACUGUCUAAAUUGUGUUCAGGGCUAAGUGUGCUUGAUUGAUUUGUAAAUACAGCGGUUUGUAUUCCUUUGUGAAAAAGGUUUGUAUGCUACCUUUUGGGCUCACACUCCUGUUGAAGUCUGGAGGAGUUGCUUCCGUGUGGCUGAAAGCAGCACUUUCCUCUUGCUGUGUUUGUUGAAUUAAUUUGUCUUUUUAUAAGGCAUGUCUUUUUAUCUCCUGUGUGCUGUAAAGGAGAAGUUUGAUACGCCAUGCCGCUUUGACUUAGAGGACAUUUUUGUAGUUGACUGAUUUUUGUGUGUACAGAAUUGUACCAGUGUUGGAGAAUUACAGCAGUUUGCCCAGUCCUUACUCAACCCUAUAAUCACAUAAAGUCUGUACAUUAAAAUUUAUUUUUAAAUGCUC